AUGUCGAAAUCAAAGUCAUUUCAAGGCGUAAACGUGUUCAUGUCGCGAAACCUAGUUCCGCCGGAAGUAUUCGACACGCUUCACGACGCUGUUAAAAAUAACGGUGCUCAAAUUCACCUUUGUUGCGAUCCUUCCCGUAAUGGCCCCAACGAUUAUCACAUUAUUUCUUGCAGUAAACACGAGAAAUUUGAAGAUCUUAAAUCCAAAGGCUGUAAAAUGCUCGGUCCUAGAUGUGUUCUUUUGUGCGCUAAAGAACGAAGGCCUCUGCCUAAACAAGGUUUCACCUGCUGCUUUACUAUGGAUGGUGUCAAAAUACUCGCCUCUGGCUUUGAUGCGGAUGAGAAGGUUAAAAUAGAAGAAUUAGUGACUGAAAUGGGGGGAGCUCUACAGACUAAACUGUCCUCAGAUUUGAACUUUGUCAUUGUGAAAAAUGUUUUGGCUCUAAAGUACAAGUGGGCUUUGAAUAUCCUGAAGAAACCAAUAGUUACUUAUGAAUGGUUAAAACAAUGCUCAGAUGAGCAUCGCGUUGUUCCUCAAGAGUCAUAUAAGGUUCUUCCUUUCUCGGGGUUAAAGAUCUGCGUGACUGGAAUCCCAGCAGAUAAGCGGAAAGAGAUGGAAAAGCUUAUUCUACAAAAUGGUGGAAAAUACUCUGCAGAAUUGACAAAGAAGUGCACACAUUUGAUUUCUGAUGCUCCUGAGGGUGAUAAGUAUAAGGUGGCAAAACGUUGGGGCCACAUUCAUAUUGUGACAAUGAAAUGGUUUGAUCAAUCUGUUGCUCGAAGAGCAUGUCUGAAUGAGGAGUCCUACCCUGUUCAGAAUGGAUCUUUAUCUUCACGUAAGGUGACUAGGGACUUAACAGUGAAACAUAGCCAGGAUAGGGAUAUUGGGAAAAUGCAAUCUGGAUCAUCCUCAAGAGCUGCAGAUUCAAAUAUGCUAGUUUCUGAUUGUGCUGAGUCUAUGGACGUAGAUCCAGAAGCUACACAGUCAGAACAUAUGUCGUCUUUUUCAAAUGUUCCAUUAUUUGUUAAAGAGGCAGACGCUGAAGCACCUCCAUUGCUGACUAGCGAUGAAUUGAACUUGGACGGUGCUGUUGCCAAUGAUUCUGAAUCCGAUGACAAUGACCUAUACUUAGCAGAAUGUAGAAUAUUACUUGUUGGUUUUGAAGCUUCUGAAAUGCGGAAACUAGUUAAUAUGGUGCGUAAAGGUGGCGGCUCCCGAUACAUGUAUUUUAAUGAUAAGUUGACACACAUAGUAAUUGGGAAUCCUACAGAAAUAGAAAAGAAGGAAGUAAGAAGUAUUGCUGCUCUUGGUGUUGUUUAUGUUGUUAAAACCUCAUGGCUUGAAGAUUGUGACCGUGUAAAGAAACAAGUCCCUGUUCUUCGACGACACAUUGCAUGUGAUCUUCUUCUUCCAAAAGCCAACUCAGUAAAAGGUACAGUUACUGGCAUUAUGCCUAUGGAUCAAAGUAAAAGCUCAAGCUUUCGCCAAAGCUUUCAAACUAAUCAGGUGGCGGGUAUUAAGGACUUUGGAGUUACGAUACCAGAAUCUUUGGAUAAAAACAAACAAGAGAAACACAGUACGGGUAUGAAUGUUGUUACAUUCGGGAAAGCAUCAGAUAGAACUAUGCCGCAAACUCAACAUCCUGAUAAAAAAUUGAGGGUACAAAAGAGCACGCAACAUGACUCCAAUGUACAUGCGAAGUCAAUAAAUGUUUUCAAAGGGAAAACAUUUUGUUUCUCAAAUUUAUUUCCUGAAGAUAGGAGAGCUGAGAUUGUUCAAUGGAUAGGUCAAGGGGGAGGAGAGCUAAUAAGUGGGCAAACAAAACAGAUUAUCCACUAUAUUGUUGAAUGCCACGGUGUAAAACCCAGGUCAACAGGUGAUUAUGAAAGUACAUAUAUUUCCAGUCACUGGAUACGAUCUUGUUUGGAGGAUGGAUCCUUGCUGGAUGUGGACAGUCAUAUUAUUUAUUCUCCACUUCCCUGCCGUGUUCCCUUGCCUGGUUUUGAAAGCCUCCGAUUUUGUGUUUCACAAUAUGAGGAGAAAGACAGAAUUCUACUUUGGAACUUGUGUAAAGUUCUAGGAGCUACAUUUGCAGAUAAGUUGACUAAGAAGGUCACCCAUUUGUUGUGUAAAUUCACCAAUGGGCCCAAGUACGAGGCUUCUUGUAAGUGGGGGAUCCGAUCAGUUACAUCUGAGUGGAUAUUUGAAUGUGUCAAACAGAAUGGAGUUAUUGCCACUGAUCAAUUUUUGCCCAAAGAAGUCACCAGUCAAGACCGAGAGGCAGGAGUUUGCACAGUGAGUCAAUUUCCUACCCAGGCUGUUCGAAUGAUAAAUGACAUGCCGUCCCAGUUUCCAAGUCAAUCGCAAAGUUUGAGAAGCACGACAAAUAAAAAUGUAAAUAGGGGAGUUGACAAUCAUAGGACUCGUUCUAAAACAUCAAGCAUUAAUAGCAAAAAGGCAAGGCUCGUGGAAGAACCUGACCAGUGUAAUAGGGUGCCUUCUGCAGUAAAUUCAGGCAUUCAUGUCUCUGACUUGAAUUUUUCUGAAGAUAAUAAGCUCAAAGAUGCUCGGGAGGUAACCCAUGCUGGUCCUGAUGUUGCUACUGCUAUAGAGGACUUGUUAGAACAGACAAGCAAGAUGCACGAUCAGAGGUCCCCAGGGAAUACAGGGUGUGAGAGAAGUAUUUACUCAUCUGAUUGUUCAGCCAUUGGCCAAGACAAUCCAAAUCCUCACACUGUCUAUGGAUUAUCAAAGCACUGGUUAAACAGAAAUGGAAUAAAUGGAGAUAAUGGUGAGACUCCUCAAGACCGAAAAGCUGGAAUGUAUGAUGGUUUUAGUGAAACACAAACAGAAUCUCAGGUUGUUAGUUAUGAAGAAGACUUGUCUGGAAGGCAAAUGCUUAUAGAUAGAGUUCUGACUCGAAGUAGCAUGCAGUGA